AUGCUUCUGACCAUUCCUUCAGUACCUCGUUUGGUUGUCAUUCCGCUCUUCCUUUUCAUAUGCGGCAUCUACUUUAUACCACGCGGCUAUCAUGGCUCCGGCGCCCUGAACAUGCCGCUACUCACAGGCAAAAACCUCACUGCCGCUAGCUCAACAUUCAACGCACCUGUGCGAGAUUUCUGGCAAGAAUUGGUCACUGCUCUCCUGCAGUCACAGCCGCAAUGCGAGUCUCUACGUCUGAAAGAAGACGACUCUGGACUAACGAUAGAUUUCCUGCCUCUCCAACCACACCAGGAGCACCCUGAUCGGAUACUGAAUCUCAGCGACAAAGAGGAGACCGCUCUGUUCAGGGCGCACUAUACUAUGCGGAAGUCGGCACAGCGCCUGGCUCCGAAGCUUCAGUUCGCGAAAGGUACUACCGGUAUCGUCACCACCGCAGACGCGUUUUAUCUACCUGUAUUUCUGGUUUCGUUGCGUAUGCUUCGGAAGACUGGAUGCAACCUACCAGUUGAAGUCUUCAUUGACGAUUGGACAAAGUAUGAUUCGACUUUAUGCGAUGCCGUCCUGCCGUCUCUCAAUGCCCGCUGUGUAGUCCUGUCCAACAUAUACGAGACUGCAGCCCGCGCAAAACCGCCUAACCACUACCAAUACAAGAUCUUCGCCAUACUUUUUUCAUCAUUCCAGCAUGUCCUCUUCCUCGAUAGCGACGCCUUUCCUACAGAAGAUCCCGCGAGACUCUUCUCGACCGCACCAUACACAACUCAUGGCCUAGUCACCUGGCCCGACUUCUGGGCCCAAACUAUAUCCGCACACUUUUACCACAUUGCCGCUAUACCAGAGGUCCCUUCGCAGUCAAGACUCUCAACUGAAAGCGGUCAGCUUCUCAUCAACAAAGAUGUGCACCGUGCUUCUCUUCUCAUGAUGGUGUACUACAACUACUAUGGCCCAAACUACUACUAUAUCCUCCUUAGUCAAGGCAGUCCUGGUGCAGGGGAUAAGGAAACAUUUGUCCAAGCCGCUCUUGCAGUCGGUUUGCCCUACUACCAAGUUCAAACUCCACCCGGUGUUCUCGGUAGUCACAUGAAUGGCACUUUCAGAGGUAUUGGUAUCGCACAAGCGGACCCUAUUCUGGACUACGAAUACCUCAGUCCUAUGCGCAGCCACAUCCAUCCCGACAAAGUCUGGCAGAACGUCGAUCUGGCUCAUCCUGAUAUCAAGGUCAAUGAAGGGCAGAACAAGAUGCAUAAAGCUCCACAAAAACCACGACCCAUCUUCCUUCAUCAAAAUAACCUCAAGCUCGAUCCAGCAAAAAUUCUGGACGAUGACAGGGUGUACGGAUCCGACAAUCGUCCUUGCAGGAUAUGGGGUGAUAAGAAAGAUCGGGUGAAGGAAUUUGGAUUUGAUGUCGAGCGGAGAUUGUGGAAUGUUAUCACUGAGGAGGGAUGUAGAUUGGACCAAGAUAGUGAUACGUGCAUGAGGUUGAUGAAAUAUGUUGAUGGAGUCCUUGACUGA